UUGAACGUUCGUGUGCUUCUUUGUUUGUGUUUAUCAUUUGGUGUUAUUAGGAUUUCUUUACAUAGUUUGAUCGUAUUGUAAUACGAAAUUAUAUGUAGAUUGUGUCUAUUUUAUUUUAUAUUUUUGUGAUUAGCGCUAAACAUUAAUUUUGCUGUUGAGAAUGGAACAACCACCGACGCCAAGUAAGACGUGGGGUUUGACGCCGUACGAGUUGCACCGGACGCCGCAAGAAGCAGUUACUGAUAAUACGGAGAUUGCUGUGUCCCCGAGAAGUUUGCACAACGAACUCAUGUGUCCAAUUUGUUUGGAUAUGUUGAAGAACACGAUGACCACUAAGGAGUGCUUGCAUAGGUUCUGUCAGGAAUGCAUCAUUACAGCCUUGAGAAGUGGUAACAAAGAAUGUCCAACUUGUCGUAAAAAGUUGAUUUCAAAGAGGUCGUUGAGGCCUGAUCCAAACUUCGAUGCUCUCAUAUCCAAAAUCUACCCCUGUCGAGAUGAAUAUGAUGCCCACCAGGAACGUGUCCUGGCUAAGUUGAAGCAGACAAUGAACCCUGCUGCCCUCACUCAAAACAUUGAAGAAGGUUUAAGACAGCAGGCACUCAGUCGAAACCAGAGGAAGAAAGUGACUGAUUCCGAAUCAAAUGACACACCCCGCAAACACCAUGGCAACUCGGAUGAAUCUGCCGGUGAGAACUCGAUGUGUGGAGACGUGUCUUCGGAGGGGCCAUCGACUGGAAGACCCACAAACAAAUCACCACCAGAGAUUGAACUGGUCUUCAAGCCUCAUCCAUCUCAUUCUGAUUCAAAUUCCACUCAAGUUAGGUACAUCAAAACAACCUCAAAUGCUUCAAUUGAACACCUAUCAAAGUAUUUAGCGAUGAGAAUUGCAUUGGAGAAGCAACAGAUCAAUCCUGGUGCCAGAAUCCUUAGCAACCCUCCGAGUGACAAGUACAACAUCUUCAUCUCUACCAGCCUGGCCGAAGGCCUCCUUUUGCUACCUGGCAACCUUUCCCUGGCUCAAACAUCAGAGAAAUAUUGGCACUCCACCAAACCUAUGGUUCUUUAUUAUGCCCUGGACCUGCAAGCCUGCUGAUGAAUUAUUAUUAUUAAGAAACGGUUUUAUUGAUGUUGUUCAUUUGUAUUGUAACUAUGUUCAUUCUAAUGAGCCCAACGACGUGUUAUCCUCGGAUAAGUUUCAUUCUGAUUUAAUAAAAGUUUUCAUGACUUGACUUUGUCAGGCGGCACAUUUAGAUUAAUUAAUUAUUAAAAUAUGGGCUGGGUGUUUAAUUUUAAAUGGCUUUUUUCGUUCACUUAUUUCAUCCGUUGACAAUCUCAAACGUUUCCCAUCAAUGUUUCUGUCAAGAUGGUCUCGUCAUCUUCAUCACCGCCACUUCAUUAUCCUUUACAAUUAGUUAUUGUAAUUAUUAGUAUCAUUAUCGGCCAUCAGCAUUACUUAUUUCAUAAUUGCUGAUGCUGUUUUCAUAAGAUAAUCAAAUUCAAUAAGAACAAAUUAGCCUGUUUAUUUCUUGUGAAAUGUUAUUGUUUCUUCUGAAAAUUUUUCUAUAAAUGAUACUCUGCAGUAUUUAUUCCCUGGUUUAUCAUCAAAAUUAUGUUUGCGUGUCCUCGGUCGAUCGAUAUUGAUCGGUACCGGUAAAUAAAAUUUCGGUAGCGAUAAAUAAAAAGUCGGUACCGGUAAAU